AUGGCAACAACAGAAGUGCAGGCGGCACAGCAGCGCGCUGUAGCGCUGUCCAUGUUUCGUCAGUGGAUAAUCAACGCACUGCUCUCCAAGUCUAGAGGCGACGGCACGGCGUACUGGCGGCUCAUUCAAGAGAUCGGUCAGAUUCACGCCGAUCCGGCGAAGCUGCGGGUCUUCUCGCAGUGCGUCUCUUACUUCGACCCGGACGUGCACGAGGCGUUGCUCAUUCAGUUGCUGGGUGUGAGUCUGUGGACGUGCAACGCGGACGUGGCGGCGGCCAUUAUCGACUUGUGCAUCAACCUUGCGUCAGCCAACAGCGCAUGUCUACCAGUGGCGCUGGACAUCCUCGUGCGCAACCUCAUGCCGCCCUCCUGCGGUGUGCCCGCCUUCAUGGGCGCGCACCCGCCCAAGCUGCCCGCCUCCGCCCACCCAGGCGCGCCAGGGGGGGCUGGGGGGGCAGUGGCGGCGAUAGUGGCGGCCAAGGCGCGCAAGGGGGAGGAGCUGCGGCGGCAGGGCGAGAUGCUGCGGUGGGUGGUGGACGCCACCUCUCGCAUCUGCCGCCUCGUGCCCACCGCCUCGAGCCGCCUGCUGCCCCUCCUGCUGCAGCGCAUGCCGCACAAACGCGUUGACAAGGAGUUCCAGUGCGUGUACGUGGCGGGCAUGUUUGCACUGGCGGAGGCGGAGGAGGGCGAGACGGUGAGGGACAGCAUCCUGGCAGCCGUGGUGGACCACCUCAUUCAGAUCGAUGUGGAGAUCAGGUGGGAGGACAUUUCAACGGAUGCAGCUGUCGUUGCAACAACAAAUGCUCCCGACUCAGGCCACACAGCAGAAGCAGCAGCAGCAGCGGCGGGGGCAACAGGCGCGGCGGGGGCGAGUCGGGUGUACAUGUUCCACAUGGACCUGCACGACUCCGCUGCUACCGCCCACCACGCCGCCCUCUCUGCUGCCGGCCACGCUGCAGCUUUCGAGGCCGGUGUGCCGGGUAGUGAGGCACGGCACGGGCUGCUGCCGUGCAGUGGUGGUGGUGGCGGGCACGGCAGCAGCGGGGGUCCAGCAGGGGCAGCAGCAGCAGUGGACGAGAUGGCGGAGAAGAUGGACGCCCUUAUGGACCUCACCUUCCAACACAUCCGCGCCCGCUCCCACGCCCACCAUUUGCCCCAGGUUUACGAAGCUUUGCUUCGCUCCUUUGACUCAACGAUACUCGACACAUACAAGUCCAAAUUCACCCAGUUCCUGCUAUUCUUUGCAUGCUCCCUCAACCCCGCCUCCUUGGCGGCUGCCUUUGCCUCUCAUCUCACUGACAUCCUCACAUCACCCUCACGCUCCCUCAACUCAAGAAUGUCCGCUGCAGCCUACCUGGCUAGUUUCCUCGCGCGAGCGUCUUUCAUCCCACUCAUGCACAUCGUCUCCUCCCUCACUCGAGUGGUGGAGUGGUGCCUGGCGCAUUCCCACAGCCGUCGCCCCGACUCACCCACUGGCAGCAGCACUGCUGCCAGCAGAAGUAGCAGAGGGCGAGAGGGGAGGCAGGGCAAGGCGGAGAGGGCAGCCCCCUCGCCUAGAGCAAGCACGGGUGGGCCCGGAAGAGGCAGCGAUGGGGGUGGCACCGGUGGCUCGGGGUCUCCUCGCUCGCAACCCCCCUUGGCGCCCUCGCCACAGGAUCACAUCUUUUAUGCCGCAUGCCAGGCGGUGCUGUACGUGCUGUGCUACCGCAUGCAGCACCUCAGGGCCGACUCACAGGCCAACUCCGCUCUCCACGCCAUGCCGCUCAACCAGCUGCUCUCCUCCCACCUGUGCCCCCUCUCGGUGUGUUUGGAGUCGGUGGUGUUUGAGUUCACCCGCCAGGCCAAGCUGCUCGCCCUGCUGGACUGCGAUGCCAUCACUGCAGCGCAGCAGCAUGCAGAGCACGGGGCUGGCAGUGCAGAGGGGGGAGAGAGGGCAGCAGCACGGUUCGGAGGGGAGAACGAGCUGGACAUGUUCUUCCCCUUCGACCCCUACCUGCUCCACCACUCCCUCAGGUUCAUUGACCCCAUCUUCAACCGCUGGACUCAGCCGUUUGCGGACGAGUUGGCAGCAGCAGAGGAUGAGGAGGCAGACACUGAGGACGAAGACGAGGACGAGGAGGAGGAGGAGUACACGGAUGAUGAGGAGGAGGAGUCGUCAUCGGAGGGGGAGGACAGUGCAGCAGAGCGGCUGGGCAUGAGCUUCAGUGCCAGUGAUGCCUUGCCCGCCGAUAAGCUCAUGGAGCAGGGGCUGCGCGCAGGGAGGGGAGCAGUGGCGUGCCAGGGCAGAGGGGGAGGCAGAGGGCGAGGGCGGGGUGGACCCGGGGUGGUGCACGAGAGUGAUUCGGAGGAUGAGCAUGAGGCGGAGGCCAUGUCCUUCACACCGCCUGCACACGCUCCUUUGCCAGCCCGCCUCCCAGGAAAGCUUCCUUCUAGGCUUCGCUGA